AUGGAGAUCGCGGAGGCAAGAGGAGCAUCAAAGUGCGUGGAAAAAAUGGAGAAAGUGGCGCCUCAGAAGCGACAAUACUGUCGCACAACAGUGCUGAACAUAAUCUCGUCUUUAUGUUCAGUGGCGUCCAUCGCCUUUUGCAUUCUUCUGAGCAUUAACACAGCUGACAUUAAGAACCGGGUUGUGGAUUUGGAGAGUGGGAAUGGCGAGCACCCGUUCAUCCGUGCCCCUGGCUACUCCCUGGAUGAUUUUAAUUCAUUGAUCCAACAAAGAGUGGAUGAGCUGCUCUCGCAGCGCUCCUAUGAAAAUUUUGUCAAGAUUCGGACUGCCAGACAGACGUCACCUGAAUGCAACUGCCCUCCAGGACCUCCGGGAAAGCGAGGAAGAAGAGGCCGCAAUGGAGAACCUGGACCUCCUGGUCCUCCAGGUCUGAAGGGUGAAAAGGGGGAUCAAGGCGACCAGGGACCACGGAUGGUCUUCCCUAAGAUCAAUCAUGGCUUUCUUUCCGCUGACCAGCAGCUCAUAAAGCGGCGGCUCAUUAAGGGAGAUCAGGGGCAAGCAGGACCACCUGGGCCUCCAGGGCCACCGGGUCCCCCUGGGCCAAGAGGGCCUCCAGGGGACACAGGCAAAGAUGGGCCCAGAGGUGUACCUGGUCUCCCAGGUGAUCCAGGGCAGCCUGGAGACACAGGACCCAUGGGGCCUGAGGGGCCACAAGGGCUGAAGGGUUCACUCGGGCCUCCUGGCAUCCCAGGUGUUGACGGACUGAAGGGGGAUGUUGGCAUCCCAGGAUUCGACGGUAUCCCCGGAGUCAAGGGUGAAAUGGGAGAGCGAGGUGAAAAGGGUGAUAUGGGUGAAGACGGACCGAAAGGUGAUAUGGGGGAGAAGGGAGAUGCAGGCUCCUCUGCAGCAGGCAUCAAGGGCGAACCUGGAGAGCCUGGACGUAGUGGACAAAAGGGAGAGCCAGGACUUCCAGGGCUGCCUGGACUCCCGGGGAUAAAGGGUGAGCCUGGAUUCCUCGGUCCCCAGGGAGAGCCAGGACUUCCCGGACUCCCAGGAACUAAGGGUGAGAGAGGCGACCACGGGCCACCAGGAAAGGGUGAACGCGGAGAACUUGGACCCGUUGGACCAAAGGGUUCGCAAGGAGAGGCUGGUACACCUGGUCCUAAAGGGUCAAAGGGAGAGACUGGAGAUAAAGGAGAGUUGGGAUCCGCUGGCCCAAAGGGCCCCCCUGGGCAGAAAGGAGACCAAGGAGCCACUGAAAUCAUCGACUACAAUGGAAACAUUCAGGAGGCUCUACAGAAGAUUACCACUAUUACAGUAACGGGUCCUCCUGGGCCUCCCGGGCCAAUAGGACCAAACGGUAUAAAGGGGGAUCGUGGUAUGCCUGGUCUCCCUGGACUCGAUGGAGAAAGAGGCUACAAAGGUUCAAAAGGAGACAUGGGAAUGCCUGGAGCUUCAGGGGAGAAAGGAGCAACUGGUUUACCUGGCCUACCCGGUGUCAAUGGGGUAAAAGGAGAAAAAGGAGAUCUAGGUCUACCUGGUCCUCAGGGUCCUUCAAUUAUCGGCCCUCCAGGGCCUUCAGGGCCCCAUGGACCACCAGGACCCAUGGGACCCCAUGGUUUCCCUGGACCAAAGGGUGAACCUGGAUUGCAUGGUGUGAAGGGUAUGCGAGGGGAACCGGGACACAAAGGGGAUCGUGGACCUCUGGGUCUCCCUGGAGCCUCCGGCUUGGACGGCAAGCCCGGAAUUAGGGGCAUGGACGGGCCUUCAGGUCCAGCUGGUCCUGCUGGGCCAAAGGGUGACAUAGGUGAGAGAGGAGCACCAGGCGAGCCAGGACCAAGGGGACCUUAUGGACUACCUGGAGCUGCCGGAACACCAGGCUUGGAUGGGUUGCCAGGCUUAAGGGGAGAGAAAGGCGACGUUGGGGAAAGAGGAGAAAAGGGUUUCCGGGGAUUUAAGGGUGAAAAGGGGGAACCAGGGCAGCCAGGUCUGGACGGGCUGGAUGCCCCAUGCCAAUUGGUACAGUAUUUCUCUUUUUCCUCCUCCUCUUACCCAUGCAUGCCUCUCACCUUCAGUCAUUACUGA